ACAAACUUCAUUUUACUUAUCUUAUCGUGUUCUGUCAUUUGGCUAUCGAAUAACGAUAUACAAAUACAGCGCACUUCGUUGUAGUCAUAUCAGAGUGUCAUUUGCCAGUAUAGAGACAGCAGUACAUUAUACAUAAUGAGUAAGCCUAAGGUUCUAAUAACACAUUGCGAGGUUCCGUCCUCCGCCAUCGAUUUAUUAAGGACAGACUGCGACUUAAUUAUCAAUGAUGAGAAGCCCUAUCCGAAUAUCGAUCAAAUUAAGGCUAAAGCAAAAGGGGUGGACGCUAUUCUAUGGUCAUCAAAAUUAAAAUUGAAUGAAGAUGUUCUAAAUGCAGCGGGACCUCAGAUGAAGGUAGUAGCUACUAUGUCAGCCGGUGUGGAUAAUAUUGAUUUAAAUGUAUUGAGGAAAAAUGAAGUAAAAUUGGCUAAUACUCCCAUAGUUUUGAACGAAUCUGUUGCUGAUUUAGCUAUUGGAUUAGCAUUGGCAGCUUGUAGACGCUUCACGGAAGGUCGUGAGAUUAUAACUAGUGCUAAAUGGACUUUUGGACCGCAGUGGUUUUUGGGAAGAGAUUUGUUCCAGGCUCGAGUUGGUAUUGUUGGUUUCGGUGGUAUUGGUCAAGCAAUCGCCAGACGUCUCAAGGCCUUUGACGUUACAGAAAUCAUGUACUCUGGACACUCGGAAAAGGAAGAAGCAGUAGCAUUGGGUGCUAAAUUAGUUGACUUCCAAUUAUUAUGUUUGCAAAGUGACUUCAUCUUCGCUUGUUGUCCUUUGAAUGAUGAAACCAGAGGCAUGUUUAACGCAAAGGCUUUUGGCUGGAUGCACAAAUCAGCAGUUUUUGUAAAUGUCGGUCGUGGAGAGCUUGUAGUUCAAAAGGAUUUAGUCAAAGCAUUGCAAACAAAUAAUUUGUUGGGUGCUGGAUUAGAUGUGAUGACUCCAGAACCUUUACCCAAAGAUCAUGAGCUGCUGAAAUUAUCAAAUUGCGUUCUAACUCCACAUGUUGCUUCAGCAACGAAACGAACGAGAGAUGCAAUGGCAGAAUUAUGUGCUCAGAAUAUCCUGAGAGGAUUAGGUGGAGAAGAAAUGUUUACACCAGUGCCCUAAAUAAUUAAGCAAAAAAACAUGACUUUACCCAACUAAUUACUUGAAACUAAAUAACAUCCUGCAAAAACUACCUCUUUCAAUAUUUAUUUAUUUAAAUAAUAAAUAUAUUAAUAAACAAUAA